GAUGAACGCCCCACCUGUUGAAUAGACUUUGGACCGAGUCUGACCCAAUUCUCUUUUGCCCGUUAGGAGCUUAACAAGCUCUCCUCCUCCCCACCCCCACCCCCACCCCCACCCCCGUUACUUUUAAGCACGAAAGAUAGUGCUGGUUAGAGCAGUUUUUUAGCGAACUGUAAAGAAGGCAGCUUAAGUUGGAAGAGUUUAUAGUUUUAGCAAGGGUCUGGGGGGAAGGUGGAAGCGAAGUGUAAACUUGAAGGCUGCAACUUUUUCUACACUUUCAGGUUCUAGGCACAUAUAAAUGUCUUUGAAUUUCAGAAUUGAUGAAAGCACUCAGAUAACUAUUUUGACAGCUUAAUUGGCUGGCAAGUUGAAUUGUAAGGUGUGUUCAAAUUAGAUUUUUUUUUUGGCAUUUCCUAAAAAGGGGUGUUUGGCAGGCCUGGUAUACAGCUAGUGUAUUAUAGUAACUCUCCUGUGCCUGGUUCUUUAUCAUGGGCGUUGACAUUCUCAUUUAUUGAGCAUCUAAACCCUCUGGGAUGGUAGUAUCCACACUUAAUGUGUUAAUGGCUAUCUGGAAAGCUUUGCAAUAGGCAGUCGCAAACUCCCCCACCCCAGGAGCUCUGCAGGUAACCUAAGCGAGUGAGGCUGGCCAGGUGUGGGCCAUUGGUUCCUGGAUAGCUGUGUCCAUUGUUGUUGGGGUCAGAGUCCACUAGGUUCUAUCCUCUGCUUGCUGGGUUUUCUGUAUUUAAAGAAUCCCAAUACCCUGACUUCUUAAUGGAAUACCUUGAUUUUUAAAAUUGAAACCGCUCUACAGACCCACGUGUGAGCUGAUGUGCUCUCUGGCUGCAGGUUUGCUCUCUGGGUUGGAGAACUACUGCAGACUUCCCAGAGGGUAAAGUAGGCUGGGGGAGGUGGGGGUGCCUUCUGCUUCUGCCCCUUCACAGCUCAUGCUGGUUUCUAACUGCUCCUCCCUUGCUUUUGCCCUGGUGGUCUGAGCCGUGACUCCCUGGUUAGAGACCCUGCCCCCAGAAGCUGCACCUUAGCCUUGGCCCCAGCAUUCUCAUGCCCCCGUGAGAUGCAGGAACUUUGGAGCCAGAAUCAUGUUCCUGAAAGUAUGCAUAAUUAUUUGGCAAGUUUCCUGAGUCAGAACCUGGGGAAAUAGGUCAUGGUGAGGAGCACUCUUUCCCAAAAGGUUUUGAGGCACACCUCUUACUGCUGUCAGAAUUACAGACUUGGUCUGAAAGAAAUCUGGAAAAAAACCAAAAACAAAAAAACAGCCUAGGUUUGCCAUUUUACACGUUAGGAAACAGGUGCAGAUUCCAGAGGUGCAGCUCGGCCAGGGAGACGGAAGAGGUUUGAGGGCCAGGUUCCCUGAUGCCUCAGUGGGAACCUCCCCCCCAUCUCUUUCUGGCUUUCUCAGCAAAACCAGGCAGAGGAACAUGAUUUAUAAUGACCUCUCCUAGCUUGUUUGAGAGCUGUGGUUGUCAUCCUCUGGGCAGGCCUUAAGGAUGGCUCACAAGAUGACUUAGGGUCUGACUUGAAGAAGUCUUAGAUCAGACCAGAUUUGGUUGACUUUUCUUGAAGCUUCCUCACUGUUCCUAUGAGCAGGUUGGCCGUGCUUUAUCCCCUGCUCACCCUACCCCUCCAUUUCAAGACUUAGGCUGUAUCUACUUCUUGCCCUUAGCUAAGGUAAUCUUGAGGACCAAGAUGGUCUUGGGACAUGGUUGGUGGCCAGGCUAGACAUGCUUAGGGAAUUCAGAAGCAAGACUACUUCGAGGCCCUUCUUUGUCCGCCUGAUGGUGGGACAUGGUUUGAAUUUAGGACUGUGUGUGGUGGAGAGCGUGUCUGUGAGCCCCUCUGAAAUUGAAGGUGAAAUUUUACAUGUAUUUUCUGGGCUGAGCUUCUGAUGAAAGCUGUGGAUUUUCAGAAGGGCUGUGAACAACAAGUUGUUAAACCAUUGUUCUUGGGUAUUGCUAUGUGUUUUCCCACCUGCCUCCUUACCUCCUGCGGGGUAUGUUUGAUAGGGUAACAGCUACUCCCUCCUGCCCCUUCUCCCACCUGGAUGUAAAGCUUGUUUCCAGCCUCAUUGUUGAGGAUGUCUGGGUUGUCCCCAGAUACCUCUGGAGUAGCAUGAGCCAGUCAUGGAAAGUCCACUCGCAGAAGGGAGGUGGAAUUUUGGCUUGGGUGCCGGUACUUUCCUGCAUUUGAUGUGUUGUUCACCCAUCUCUACAGCCGCUAAGUGGUGGAGAGAGGCUGGGUUGAGUGCUCUUUGCUUUUCCUGUGCCUUUGUGGGAAGGUACAUUGCUGUCCCACGGUUGACACCGUCUCACCAACACUGCCUGGGCCAUUGGCGUUCUAGGAUAGGCCAAGUUAAGCAUGAACGGCAGCGUUCAAGUCCAGAGAGCCGAACAAAGUCAUACUCAGUUUAGCCUUUUUAGGCAACAGAGGGGAACUUAAUGCAAGUGUUCAUAAUGGUGAGUGGUUAACAUGCUGUCUUAGCUUUGCAUAGAAGUUAGAAUUGAGUUUUUUCAUAUAACCCGUUUACUUGUAUCAGAAAUUGAAAAACUGGCUUUGCAGAAAUGUCUUGCUUCACUGACUGAUGUAUUUUUAGUUUAUAGCUUUUGUUCUUGGCAAUAGUAUAAUUUUGUCUGUUUGUAGUAAGCCUUUUUAAAUUAAGUUUUCAAAAAUUUAUUGUUAAUUCAGGUCUUUAAACAGAGCAAGAGAGAUUAUGAUUUAGUCUGCAAAGGCAUGUAACUUAAUCAUGUAUAUUGCCUUAAUAUUAAGAAUAAAAUAUUUCAUCUCUAGCUUAGGAGAAAACGGGGGCUUGAAAAUAUACACUUUAAAAUAACAUUAUGGUGCUAAACUAAGAAUUUCUAGGAAUUUUCUAAGUAGAACUUACUAGGAUUUUGGUUUUGAAAUUUAACUGAGUUGUGUAAUUGAGCAUGAUUCACGAAUGCCAUGGUCCCCCCAAAAUCAAGUCACAUUUAAGACUUUGUCUUAGUUUUCUAGCUAUCGGUAUAUUUUCUAGAAGGAAGGCUUUUGUGGUGGUGAUCAUUUGAGUCGUUGGGCUUUGGUGGCCUCUUUAGUGCCAAAUGGUAGACACUCCCCAUUCCUACUCCAACUUGACUCAUAAACACAAAAAAUUACCAAAUUUCUGAAACUGACCAGCAUUGACAAUUUUAUCUUACAACGUAAUAUCCUUUUUCUUUUCAUUAUUUCACUAUCCUCCCUUCUCAUAACAAAAAUUCAAGCUUCUAGCUAUUUAAAUAUAAUUAAUAUACAACAAAAACAUAAAUAAUAAAUAAUACACUUAUAAAUAGUACGUAUUUAUAAUAAAUUGGUAAAUGUUUCAUUUGCCAUUAUUUUCAGCUUUAAUAUAUUGAGUGAACUAAUUUCUUAAAAUUUUUAUUUUUCUUGCUGUCACAUCUCUCUCUCUUUCCAGUUGAUUGUCCUUAUGUUGGGGGACUAUUUCAUUUUGGCUGUUAAAUAUCUUCUUCUCUGACCAUACUAAUGGAACUUACUGCUUAAACUUAAAAUUUAUUCUGUCUCCAAGGAAUUAAAGGCCAUAUUACAAUUUCCUUGGUGGCUUUGUGAAGUUAGCAAAUGUCCUUGAAUGCUUGUCCUUGGGGGCUAGGGACGUUAGCAAACGUUUGUGCACAGGAUCUGAAUGAAAUCUGAUUGUGGCUAAAGUAAUUUGAAUGUGCUCUGGCCUCCCAUUCGUCAGUUUCUGCUUUGCUGCUUUUGUGUAUCUUGAAUCACUGCUUUUUAUUUCCAAUAAUCUUUCCUUCUACUCUGUCUUCCCUUUGCAUUUUGUUCUCAUGUUGACUUCUCCUUGUUCCUUUCCUAUUGGCCUUGGUGCCAAUUUGUACGUGUGGCUGUCCUGAGAGAUGCUCCUUUAGGGAACUUCCUCUGGGCACUGGUGUCCUGAUUGCACUUUGGUUAUUUUGCAGGUUAAAAAGGAAGAGGACAAAAGUAUACCCAAAUGUGCCUGCGGCGUAGCCACAGAAUUCGCCCGAAUGAGGAGGACAUGUAUCGUGACGCGGCUGAAAUAGAAAAGGAGAAAGAAUUACUUAUACAUGAAAGAGGGUUAUCAGAAGCCAGAUUAAGUGUAGCUCCUGAAAUGGACAUCAUGGACUACUGCAAAAAAGAAUGGAGGGGAAAUACACAAAAAGCCACAUGUAUGAAAAAGGGCUACGAGGAGGUGUCGCAGAAGUUCACCUCUAUACGGCGAGUCCGUGGAGACAAUUACUGUGCGCUGAGGGCCACGCUCUUCCAGGCGAUGAGCCAGCCGGCAGCGCUGCCGUCCUGGCUGCAGGACCCGGAGCUCACGCUGUUACCGGAAAAACUCAUAAGCAAAUACAAUUGGAUCAAGCAGUGGAAACUUGGACUGAAAUUUGAGGGGAAGAGCGAGGACCUGGUUGAUAAAAUUAAGGAGUCCCUCACACUGCUAAGGAAGAAGUGGGCAGGCUUGGCAGAACUGAGAACUGCUGAAGCGAGGCAGGUAGCUUGCGAUGAACUGUUCACAAAUGAGGAAGAGGAAUAUAGCCUCUAUGAAGCUGUAAAAUUUCUAAUGCUAAACAGAGCCAUUGAACUAUACGAUGACAAAGAGAAGGGAAAGGAAGUACCAUUUUUCUCUGUGCUUCUGUUUGCUCGGGACACAUCGAAUGAUCCUGGACAGCUGCUAAGGAACCACCUAAACCAGGUGGGACACACUGGUGGCCUUGAACAGGUGGAAAUGUUCCUUCUUGCCUAUGCCGUGCGCCACACCAUCCGGGUGUACCGGCUCUCCAAGUACAGCACCGAAGAAUUCAUCACGGUCUACCCCACCGACCCACCCACGGACUGGCCAGUGGUGACCCUGAUCGCCGAGGACGACCGGCACUACAACAUCCCCGUCAGAGUGUGCGAGGAGACGAGUCUGUGAGGGACGCGUACCCGGACGGCCCGGCCGCACGGCCGAGGUGCCCUGGCAGCUCCCUGCCGCGGCCCGCGGGCUUCCAGGUCUCUUCGGGUGACCCACGGGGACUGUCGGGCUGGGCGAGCCAAGCUGGACUGGGCUGUUCUGAGGACGGCUUUUGGUCGUUAGAACUAACCGGGGGUUUUCCCUCAUCUUUGAUGCGAUAUGUUUCCUCGGGGGCCUUCAGAGCGCUUCUUUUGGAAGGUACAAACUACAUCUUCUCCAUAAAACAAACCUUUUGUAUCAGAGGAGACACCUCUUGGAGAGGAGUGUGUUCUUCACGUCUCAGAAGCAGACUCUCUAAUGUAAACUUGGUCUCAGUUUUUUCUCCAGAUAGUCAUUUUUUGUUUUGGGGGUGAUGGGUCUCCGGAGUGCCCGUCCUAUGCAAUUCGGCUUACGUGGCCUAACUCUGAGGCGGAGCCUGUUAGGGGCACAGUCAUAACGUCCUCUGAUAGUCUUCCUGAGCACUGGUUCGGGCUUACAUGUUCAUUAAAGCUAUCCUAAGCAGACUGUCUCAUAGAAGAUUGAACACUGGGUCCAAAAAUGAGAUAUUUAAAGCUGUAGGAGGGAUGUGGUGGCACAUCACUCCUGACUCUGAGAGCGUGACAGGUGCCUGAGGUCAUGGCCGCGCCUGGCCCGGUGCUUCGUGCAGGUGGUGCGCUCUCGGCUGGGUGAGUUCGGGCGUUGGGCCUUUGGGUCUUCUCCGUUUCACAGAUGCGCCGUUGUAUAGUCAGAACGGAGCUGAGAUCCACCUGCUGUUUUAGAGGGGGAAACUGAGGCCAGACGGUGCUGGGCACUCGUCUGCGUUCGGAGGCGAGAGGGAGCGAGAUCUCGACUGGCCCGUGUGCCCUUUUCAUGGUGUGGUUUUGAGGCUGCCUCCGCUGCCAGAAUCGAGUACCUGGCGGGGGGUGGGCGACAACAGCAAAGCGUCCGGGAGGGUCCGUGAGCAAGGUUAAGCAGAGGCGCGUACCAAAGCCGAGCGCCGGAGUGUGGCGGAGCCGCGGCUGCCUGUGGUUUGGCUUGGGAAGCCCGAGGGAGGAGGUGACGUUCCUGGCUCUCAGUGGCCGCCUGCACGCAGGCCUGGCUGGUGACCGGCGGGGCGACGGGCCUGGUUGCAGGCGGCGAGGGUCCGGAUCACCCGCACGGGGCGUGGGCCAUGCACCGUGUUUGCGGGACCAGACGCCUCUAGUGCCGACCCAACGUUUGUGGGCGUAGAGUUUCCCUGAGGUACUGGGCUUUAUUUCAUGGUAAUUACCAGCUUAUUUGGUUCAAUUUAGCAUAGUUAGCAAGCUAGCAAAUACCUUUUGGGAGUGGCAAACCUUCUUUGAAGAUUUAGUUUUGCUUUGUACUGAAAAAUUAAAAUUCUCAUGAGAAAACUCAGAGGACACACAGAACUAGGCAGACUGUUAGGUUAAUAAUCCCCCAUUACUCCCUCAGUACCGUUCACCACACUUCGGUAAGUGUGUAUUCAUUAGCGUGUUUGCAUCAAGCUCUGUUCUAAACGUGUGUGAAUGUGUGGCAGAGGUUUUGUGGUCUUGGCUGUGAGACGGGAUGGUUCCUUGAACAAGGAGGUACCUAGAAGCCAAAUUAACAAUAAGGACUUCUUAGCGGCCUCGAGGCUUCAUUUAGUAUUUGUAGCUCUACAACAGGAAAUGCUUACUCUUCAUUCGUGAACAUUUUUUAAAGCACACUUAACAUGUUGAGGCACAGGGCCGUGAAGGUCUCUGUCCGGGCUGCGUUGCCUCUGGCUGUUGGUUCAUACCAGCUGUUGAAUUUAAUAAUACUCAUGAUCCUGUGUCUUUGCAUGUCAACAGUGUUUUAGUCUUCGUGAACUUGAACUGGAUUUCUGGGCAACUUGUUUGCAUACGUCCUUUUUUCUUGUUCCUGUGUGUGAUAUUGUUAGAGUGCAGACACAAUGUGGUCUUCACCACCACAUUGAUGAAAGUUUGAAACCAUGUGUUUGAGUUGCUUUCUGUCCCGGCGCCUUACUGGACUCUGCCCUCAGACUGUUAUCCAGGCUUAGUGGGAUCCCAGCAUCAGAGAAGCAAAACUUCCAAAGAAACCAUAUUUCAGGAAAUACAGAUGAUCGGCCGACUUUAAAAAAUAACAUUCUUUGUUGCCACGUGCACCUUCAGUUGCCCAGAAUCUUAAUUCCAUUAAUCAUUCCUGAUCUCGGGCUGGUCAGGUGACAGCAGCAGAAUAGAAAUUGCUUUGAGACCAAAAUAGACGCAGGAUAAUCUGCUUAGAGGGGUCUCUACAAUGAUAGAGCGUUCUAGAAGAAGAGAACUCAGUGGUGACCACACGGAGCCCACUUUCAUCCCCAGAGUUUAUUGAGAGACUUCAGGCGUUUUGGACCCUGUAGUCUUGGCGGGAAGAUUAUCUCCAGCUUAAGCAGGUGUGACUUCUGUUGAGCUCAUUUAAGGUACAUUUAAACCUGAAAGGAUUUCCCUGUAACAAGUUCCCUGGAAUUAACAUUGCUUCCUCAGGACAUUUUCUUCUGGCUCCUCUCCUCACCUGCUUAGCAACAUCUACAUACGCAACAUACGCUGAUUUCACUUGGACCCAUGGAACAGUGAUUGACGACGGCCACAAUGGGGGACGAGAGGCCAAUGUGUGGUUUUUCACUUGUGAUCUAGGCCUAGGUGGGGUUUGAUCUGAAAUGUUUGCAGUUCCCCUUCCUUAGAAUAUGGCAUAGCCGGAAAUAUUUUAGACACGCAGAACAGGAUUGACCCGCUUUCUUUGUAUAGGCCUUUACUCUUUUAUUAGAUGUUCGCUGUCGUGUCAGGUAAGGGCUGAUGAAAGUUUGCAGGCAUUGCCUUUGUCUCCUUUCAUUAUUCUGUUCCUUCCGGUUGUAAGGAUUAUCAAUCAGGUAAAAAUCUCAGGCCUUAACACCUCCGAUAGAAGAAGCAACUUUUGUGGGUUUUUAUGUGCUUUUUUUUUUUAAGAGGCUGUGUUUUCCCUCCUGCCCCGCAUCUCUGCCCGAGUUGCUGGCUCCCCUCAUGGUCUGCAGUCUGCUUCUGGAAGGUGUCCGGAUGACAACUGUAAAGUGCUCUAUCUAUGGCCUAUAAUGAUUUAGCGCCCUUACUAUUGCUGCCUUUGCGUAGGACUCCAGUAGACUUCCCCUGUCUCUUCUUUCUGAUGUUAAAACAACAGUUGAUUAUUUUUCCUCUCUUUAUUAAGCAGUAUUUUGCAAGGACUCCCCCCUUGAAAUCCCAGAAGCAUAAACUUCCAGGGAAUCUUAUUUGUAGGCACAGGUAGAAAUCUGUGACUACUUAAAACACAAUGAAAAGGAGGCCCUCUGUGUGUGUGAAGUGAAUCUGAAAUGUGUGUGAAGGGCAUAGAAUCCCCAGACUGUUUAGCAAAAAGCAGAGCACAGUGUCACGUAACUUAAAAACAGCCCAAGGAACUGUAAGAAGUGAACUGAAGAAGGAACUGAUUUUAGGGUAAAAAUGUCACUUAAAGACAAAACAAUGGAUGCCCGACAUUCCUGGGCCUAUGUUAUACGUAGAUAAAAAUCUGAAUGAGUAGAAGGACUUCUAUGUAUGGAUUCUGCAAAGCCUUUUUCCUAAAAUGUGUUAAAUUUUGCUCGUGUAAUAUUUAAUGCUUCACUCUUCUGGAAAACCUUGAUGAUCUCUCCUGAGGAGGUGGAGAGACCAGGGACCCAAUACUGAGUUGUGCAGAGAAUAAAGACAGGGGCAAUGGAAGAUUAAAGCCUUUGUCAUUCAGUUUAUAACUUAGGGCCUGGAAGAGCACAAAACUAACCCUGUUUGGCUGUGUGCCAGCGCUGGUGGCCGCUACUCUAGAGCCCCCACCCCCACCCCUGGGCGGGGAGGGGCGAGUGUGCCUCGCCACAGCAGGGGACCCAGCAGCAUUUGGGAGGGGGAAGGUGAGCCGUGCCACUUGUAUUUUUUUCAUAGAAUAUUGAAAUUUAUUACUAGGAAUGGCGGAAUGGGUUAGUACAUAUAAUUAAACUAUGCAGAAUGGCCUUUAAGUCUGGAAAUACAGAUACGUUAAUUGCGUUGAAAUAUCAUAUCAGCAAACCAUUUAUUAUGGAAUGUCACUGUUCCCAGGCCUUAUGGCCAUCUGCGUAUUUAAAUAUUUUUAAUGAUCAUUACUAGCCAGGGCUAGAAUUUCGUCUGUCAUGUUGAUUUCUUGGCUCUAAGUCUGGAUCAGGAAUGAAAUCGCCAGAAUGUGGUUAAUACAAGGAAAGGUUACAGGGCUCGAAAUAUCUACGGUCUUAGCAGUCAUUCUUCUAGUAACCAGGAGUGGUUGAGAGUAAUUAUGAACUUCAAAAUAAUAUUUUGUACUUAAAUUCUAGGAGCUUUUCUAUAAUAAGAAAUGCCUUGAUCUGUAUGCCCAUAAACGGUGCUAAAAUCUGGUCCCCUUUACAGGAACCACAGCAGUCCACAGGAAUGUUGAUUACUUCUGAGUAUUUCGAUGAGGGAACAACGCCAAAAUGAAUGUAUCUAAUGAGCUCCCUCCUCAUUUCCGUUGUUUUAUGAAAAUAUUUUGGUGGUGUUACCUGCACUGUAGCAGCUUUUGACUUUCAGUAUUGUGAAUUUGGAGAGGCUAUCAGCCAACUUCUGCCUCUGGCAAUGUGUGUCCUUCCCUGUGGGCUGGGCUGGGAAGGGGGCGUGGCCGGGAGCUCAGGCCCUACUCCUCUGGGCUUGUUUAGCAAAGUCUUCCUCUGUUUACACUGUAAAAAUGUUAGCCUUUGUCAAAAACGUCUGCCCCAAGAAGGAUGCUCCAGAGCCUUGGGUCAAUUUGGGGCUGUGCUCCGCCCCUGCCGCUGUGGCUGGAGGCCUGGGUGCUGGGGGCGGGGCAGGGGCGGGGUGGGCAGGAGCUCCUUCUGUGACUUGUUGAGUCAGGUCUUCACUGUUGGAGGCGGAGCUGACUCAGGGCUUCACUGUUGAUCCCUUUAGCAAACCUGACCACUGAGGAUUGUACGAAUAAAUAAUCAGAAAUAAACGUAGAAAAUAAAAGAUCAGAA